UCCGGCCGGUCACACUGCGUCAUUUACGCUUUUCCACGGCCUAUGAUAACACACGCGCUACACAUUUGAUAAGCCAUGUUCAUUUGUUUUUGUUUAUGCGCAAACAACGUAAAAAAAUAAGUCAGUUUAAUAUUGUAUUUUUAUUUUUCUGGCUGCCAAUAAAUUGUAUUUUUUGGUCCGUAAUUAUUUUCAACGACGAUCUUUGACAGACGUUAUGAGGUUAUCGUAACAGAUUAUGGCGAAACUUGAUGAAGACCUGUCACGUCUGUCUAUAGGUACGUACGAAUAAUUGGUAACGCAUUUGCCUUACGAAAAAUCGCAAUAAAUACUCUAUAAAAAAUGUGUGCUCACGUAACCUACGCCGUUUAAAACUGGCCAAAAUACGAGUAAAACCGACGAAUAUACAUCCUUUGGACUAACUCCUUUGUAUUGUAUUUGUCGUGUGAAAUUAUUUUCUUUUAAGUGCUUGAACAUGUUUUUGUAAUAAUAUUUAUCUUUUUAACACAAGCAUUGAUAUUGAAUAUUUAUUUUAGCCUAGGCAAGGUUUUUUAAUAAAAAAAUAACAUCGAAUCGCCCUUUUAAUAAUUUAUUUUGGAUACUAUCGUAGUGAUGCAUGUUAUGUAGGUAUUUAUUUAACAUAAAAUGACAGUUAAACUAUACUAUUCUCAUUCGUCUUAAUAAAUACCCAAAUGAGUCAUAUUUAUUUUUGGUACUCUGGUUCUCGAGUUCUCUUUAUUUACAAAAAUGAUAUAAUUUUAAUAUAGACAUUUUGAAAAUUAAGUUAAUUAUUAAAAUAGGUAUGUAAAUACCUAAUUUUAUUACAUUAUUAAAUAAAACUUAAAACUCACUUUAUAACUAUUUUUUCUAGUAAUUAUUAUGCAUAGGUACCUAUGUUUAUUUAAAAAUAAUAUAUCUACGUAUAUAAUUAUUUACCUAAUAUUUUACCAAAAUCAAUAUUAAUUUAAAUUGUACAAUUAUCAAGUUCUUAUCAAGUUUGUUUUCAGAAAGCUUGAUUAUGUACUUUUAUUUCAAAUAUAUGAAUUUUGUUGAUUGAUUUAACCAGGUUAAAAAUUAAUCUGUUUUUCUUAUAUUCAGAUAGGUAUUCUUAGUUUUAAUAUUUUUAGAAAAUUGUUUUAUAAAACGAUUACACAUAUGUGUUAAGGUAUUAAAAAUCAUGUUUUAUUAAGUUCCUAUUAUUGAUUUAAUUGUAUAAAAUUCAUAUAAAAGUUUUAAUAACAUACAAGAUAACAUCUAAUCUGAUAUAGGCAAUAUAGUUAUCUUCCGUUUUUCUAAUAAUUAGGUACACACACAGUUCAUACAAAUUAAUGAUCAUAAUUUUAAUUUUAAAAGUAAAAUCUAAGUUUUACUUUAACCUAUAUAAUUGUUUCCCAAAAUAUAAAUUAUAUUAUUCUACUAUUGUUGCAUUUUCUAUUAUCUUGUUUUUUUUUCCUGAAGUUUAAUUUUUUCAAUUUACAUGGUGGUUACUUUUAAUACAAACCAAAGUGAUUUUUGUUAGGUACCUUCCUACUUAUUUUUUAAACUAUUAUUUAUUACCAAUUUUUUUGUGUAAAACAAAAUAAAAAAAAUAAUUGGCUUUUCUUUUAAUAAGCUUGCUAUCCAAACGGAGGUAAGUUUUACAGCAUUAUUAGGUACCUAAUCAACAGUGAAUGCACAGUAACUGAAAUUGAAGGUAGAUGGCACUCUAUAGCAGUUUUUUCUCCAGAAAAAAUCCAAGUUUGUAAAUGGACAAUACGAUGAAAAUAAUCAUAAGCUUAUACUAUAAGUAUUCCACCCAGACAUUUUUUCCAAAUGCAGUGAUAGUAAAUUUUUAAUUUCCGGUAUUAUUAUACCAGUUUUGUCAUAUCAGUGUAUCAUGUUUGUAUUGAAUUGAGAGAAUUAAGUUAAUUAUAGCAGUCAAUAAAUUAAUAAUUCUUAUCAAAAUUUAUUAGUCACCGUUUAGUAUUUAACAUUUUUGUUUUGUACACAUUAGUGUUUUAUUGUAUUUAAUAAACGGUGUGUACUGUUUAAUAAUUGGAUUUGAAUAAUGUGUAGCUAAAUCAUUUUAAAUUGAAAACUUAAUUAUUGUAUAAGACAGUGGCAUAUUUUUAAAUUUUUCGUGGGGGGGGGGGUUAAAAUUUUCUUAAAAAAUAAGUGAUUUUAUAAUAUGUACUUAAUAAUACCAGAACUUUUAAGAUGUGAUCACUAUCACCUUUGGCCCUAUAGCAAAGAAUUGUCCCAAAAUUACCGUCAUUAUUUUGUUUUUCAACUGAGUAGAAUUUAAAAAUUUCCCAGAGUCACAAUGAAUGCUUCAUUUUGAUCGACAUUUUUACAUUAUCCAUUUCAAAAUUUCUAGACAAAUAUUCUCUAUUCGAAUCUUUGUUCAAAAAGUGGGGGUUCCCAUUUGAAAAACAAAAGUAUAUUCUUAUUUAAGUUAUCUGAAGUAAGGGUAAAAAUUAAAAAUGGUUUUAAAGUAAUGCUUAAACAAUUUCACAAAUAUAAAAUUAAAUAAAAUAGAUAUCAAAUUCACUUUUAAAAUUUUCCGAGAUAAUUACUGGUUCAUGAUAAAAAAAUUACUUUGUGUAAAUUAAUGCUGUCUUUUUCUAUACUUUUUUAGCAAGUCAUUUAUGACUUUUAAACCAUAUUUUUUCUUCUAGAGUGAUUCAAGAUCUGGGAACCUCCCCUGAAAAUACUCCACUGGUAUAAGGCAUAAAUACAUAGUAAUACAAUGUAUAUGUAUAAUAUAUCUUAGUAUUGUUAUUAUUAUUAGAGAAUAGUUUUUUUUUUUUUUAUAAAUAUAUUGUAAUAUACUGUAUAUUACAUUUCUUUGUUGCAUGCAGUAUAAUUAUUGACCAAUGUACAUUGGAUUCUUGAUAAUUAUAUUAACCUAAAUAAUUCCAAAAGAAAUAUGUUUUCAUAGAAAUCAUUAUAACACUUAAUCAAUUUUUAUAGUUUAAAUAUUUAAUUAUCAUAUGUUGUCUUUAAAUUUUGAAUUAUUAAACAUAAAUUACGAUAAAAAUAUUUUAAUUGUUACACAUAAAUUAUUACUUAUAAUAAUUUGAAUAAAUGUUUAUAUUAUAGUGCCACUCAUGAAUUUCAAACAUAGUUUUGGAUUUCUCUGGUUUUGAAAAUAUUUGAAUUUGUUGAAAUACGUAAAAAAAAACCUAUUUGGUAAUAUGCACAUGUAAGGGAUGCACUUCCUACGCCUGCUGGCAUCACUCGCCAACUUAAAUGUCCAUUUAGACCACUCCUCCCCCUGCUUAUGGUCUGAAGGAAAACACUGGUAGUGUUUUAUCUAGAUUUCUUUAGAUUUAGAAUAGUUUUUCUAGAUACUAUAAUAUAACUAAUAACUAAUAAUAAUACAUAGGUAUUUUGGGUGAUUUUUAGGCUUCUCAAUAUCUUAAAUACAAGGAAAAACAUACAAUUAACUAUAAUAAUCUUAUACGUUUACUAAGCUCAGUUUAGAAUUGUUUUCCGAUUGGAAUGAUUUAUUGUUGCUACAGUGUAUAAAUAUCUUACAUUUUCCCAAUUUUCUAUCAUACCAACAUCCUACGACAAUGGGAAAGUAUAAUGUAUAUUGUGCUUUUCAUAUUUGAUUUACCACUCAUUGCUUAAUUAUUGUAAUAUUGUUCAGUGAGCUAAAAUGAAAAUCAUAUAUUAACAAAAGUUAAUUUUUCCAUAUUAAUUUUGUUAAUUUAGACGAUGAUGCAAAUAAUAAAUUUGGUAAAAGGGACAAACUCUCAAGAGAUUUGGAGAUCUAUCGACCUGGUAGUGGACCAUUACGACGUAGUGGCAAUACCCGCCAAGAUGGUGAUGAGGAUGAUAAACGAUCUUUAUUUACUGGAUUUGGCCGUGAUCUUGAGUCAUCAAAAAAAAGUGAUUUUAUUCCAAAUAAACAUUUUGAAAAUCCAAGUAGAAAAAAAGAAAAUUUUCCAAGAGGUCCAUCUAAGGUGAUGAACGGCUUCCCUGCUGAUAACUAUAGUACAUUCAAUUUGAGACGUAAACAACAAAAGAAAACACAACCAUUCUAUGAGCCAUCAAAUGAAUGGACUAAUGAGAAACGGCAAGAUCGACCACGAGUUAAUUUUGUAAAUCCUGAUGACUCUAAAGGUGACGAUGAAAAUUGGAGAGCACACAAAGCACCUAAAGUAGUAAGUGUUCCUAAAGUGGUUAAAAAAAUUGAAGAAAAACCAGUUACAGAAAAAGUAAUACCACAAGAAAUAAUACACAGUAUGGUAAUUAAAGCGAGUGUUAAUACAAUAACAGUGCACAAUAUUCCUGAUAAAGUUGUAGCCUCCAAUAAUAGGAAACUCGAAGAAAAAAAAGCGCCUGCUAAAACAAUACCUAGUAAUAUUUUAAUGAGCUAUGAAAAACGACCACCCCGAUUACGAAAAAAGUUCUGCGAAGAAAAUCAUAUCACUGUAGAAGAAGUAGAAUCUUACCUCACAAAUGGACUAGUUACUCAGGAUGAUCAUAAUAAACCACAUGGUUUAUAUCAAUCUAGAAGUCAAACGUUACCUCCUAGGAGUGGUAAAAGUCGAUUUAACGAACCACAGAGACACCAAGAACAGACAUUUUAUAGGACUAACUCCAAUCAACUACCCCCAAAGACUGAAGUAAAAAAAGUUCCACUAGUAGUCAACAGUUCUACUGAAUCAAGUAGACGAGGAAUUGAUUUUGAUGUGACUACUAAGAUGUACAACAAUAGUAAUCAAGAAUCAAAAACAGAUUACAAUUCUAGGGAUGAUAUCGAAGAUAAUACUUCUGUUAAUAUGAAACAAUCUAUUGAAAGUGCAGUUUUACUUCCUAGUGGUACAAUUGUGAGUUUCAUCAUAUUAUUCAUAAUUUUUUUUUUGUAAUAAAAUAUCUAAUACAAUAUUUGUUUUUCUAAUUUGGGCUUUUUCAAAAAAUUAUAGAAUUGGGCCGAAGAAGUGGAACGAGCUGAAAAUAUGUCCAAAGUUGCAGAAGACACUAAAAAGGAAGUUGAAAGAUUAGAAAAUGUUGAAAAAACGCAAAGUUUAUCCAGAGAUAGAAAACAGAGAAAGUGAGUACCUAGUAAAUAAACUAUUAAUAUUAUUCUUAAUUUAAAAAACAAAUUUUUACAUAGGAGUAUCAGUAAAGAUAGAAAUUUGAUAAGUACAAUACCUGUGCACGAUCAACAUUCUAAUACUAAUCAUUCUAACUGGCAUUCAAAAAGCAAUGAUAAUCCUGAAAGCUCAAAUAGCAAUGUUGCAAGUUGGAGAAAAGAAAAACCAAACAGAAAUCGUAGUAAUGAUCGUAUAAGGAAUCAUUCAAAAAAUCGUAGACACAGGUUAGUUUUAUUGACAGCAGUUUCUGCCUAUGUAUAUAUUAAUAUUGACAUUUUCUUAUUACAGAAAUAACAGUGAAAAAUCUAUAUUACAACCAAAAUCUGAAAAUAUUGGUGGUAUUAUAAAACUACCACCAAAUGUGAAUGUCAACGCUGAUAGUGUAUCAUCACUUAGUCUUAGUGGUUAUUUAAAACAAUCAACAAUGACUACAGCACCGCAUCCUUGUCCAGCCAAACAGUUAUUUAACCCUCAUAACCCCAAACAACCUAUAGUGGUAUCUACCAAACAACAAAUUGCCAGAGCAGGUUACACGCCUGUUAAUAUAGAACCAUAUCAUACUAGCAAGGAUCUAUACCCUAUAAAUGUCAUCUCUAGCAAUACUCAACAAUACUCAGGCGCACAUUUCGGUAACCCACCUCCUGCUUGGUAUGACCCAUACACAGAAAGGUAAUGUAAUUAAAAAUACAAUAUUAUGCUUGUUAGCAAAUCCAUUUUAAAGUGUUUGAUUAUUUUUCUUAGUUAUCGUUUGUCAAACCACCCAGUUCUAUUGUUGGACAUAAGAAAAGCCGAUUCUAUAAUGGAAACUUUGGUUUUUGGAUCGAAUAUGCUUCAAAAUUGGGUGAUUAUAAAUUCGUGCAGGUAUGUAUUAUUAUUGGAAAUUUUAAUUAUCAAUUUAAUAUUUUUGUUGUAAUGUUUGGUGUACGUGUUUACAGAGAGUUUUUGAAAGAUUCGUUGAGAGAGCUUUUAAAAUCAGACAUGAAGUUUUGUCAACGAGAAAACAUUGAAACCCAUUUUUGGAAAAUUCUUUAUCAUAAUAUUAUCGAACAGUUAAAAAAGCUUAUAAAUGAAGAUAAGAAAGAAUUAGUAAAUGAUUAUACUAUGUUAUUGACAAAUUUAAUAGAAGAAGUAUGUAAAUUGAAAAACUAUAUAUAAACAUUUUGUAGUUAAUAUCAUAGGGGUGCGCAGAUCUAAAAACCAGGUAGUUUCUACUUAUUAUUAAUGGCCCUACAGAAAACCAAUUUAUAAAAAAUGUAACUAACAUACUCAAAUCUCAUAUUAGGUAUUUAUUUAAUAUUGAUAUACAUCAUCAUAUUAUUAAAUAAAAUUAUUAUAAUACCUAUAAUUUUAAGUGUCUUAUUACUUAUUAUCAGGGCUUGACACUUUUUUUUAUUAUUAUUAUAUUAUUUUUUUUCAAAUGAAUAUAAAUAAAACAUAAUAGCAUCUAUAACGGAUACCAAAUGGUGAUAAACCCCCGUGAGGGUUUGAGACUUAUAUCAGUUGAUUAUUCUUUUGGCUUGAUAUUAAAUAUAACAGUGCUAUGGAAAUUUAUGUCAUUUGCUACGAGUUUUAAUAUGAAAUUUGUAAGUGCUUAUUUGAGUUAAUAAAAAAACAAAUUUUUGAAUAGUUUUAUAUUAAUUUUUUUAGUGUUUAUUUCAGCACUUAAAGAGCUUUUAAUGAAGUCUAUUCAAGCACUUUUUUUAAAAUUUUAAGUGCUAUAAGUCCUCUAAUUCUGGUUAAAAUUUAUUAUAAACAAGACUUUCUCAUAUUUCUUAGUAUGCCAUAUUUCACAAAAACAUUUUUAGAUUUUGAGCAAAGCGAAGAAUGUAUUGGUUUUAUUGUGAUAUGUGCUCAAAUAAAAACAAAAAUUGGACAUUUUUUGUAGUAUUUUUGAAUCUAUUUGUUGCAUUGGGGAAGUCAUCUUGAUUUUUGUUCUUUUUUUAAUAAUUGGAAAAAAAAAUGAGCUUCAGCUCUUGAAAAAUCAUUGGGCAUAUAUGCCAUGCCCUAUGCGUACACCUAUGGUUAGAAUGUAUGAAAAAAUAUUAAUUAAAAUGAUACAUAAUUUCAGGGCAUGAAAUAUAUGAAUGACCUUUUGAAAUUUCUGGAAAAACAAUAUAACUUCAAUUUAGAUGAUUAUGUAUCAUUGACUUGUCUGUCUACAAAAAAACUUGGAAAUAUUGGUCUAGCUUUGAUAUCAUCUCAAAAGUUAUAUAUAUCUUUAGGGGACUUGGCGAGAUACAAAGAUGUCAUGAAUAACAGCACCAAUUAUGUUAUAGCCAAACAGUAAGUAUUGAUUGAAUUAAAAUAAUAAAUUAACUAUCAUAACUCAAUAUAUCUAUGUGAUCUAUAGAUGGUAUACUAAAGCCAAUCAAAUAAAUCCAAAAAACGGCAGACCUUAUAAUCAGUUGGCUUUGCUGGCUGUGUAUGAAAAAAGAAAACUUGAUGCCGUUUAUUAUUAUAUGAGGAGUUUGAUGGCUUCAAAUCCUUUUCAGUCAGCAAAAGAUAGCUUAUUGACAUUAUUUGAAGAAUAUAGAAGAAAGGUAAAUUUGUAUUCAAUAAUGGUUUUGUAGAUUAUUACAUUUUUUUAUAUUUUUAUUACAGUAUGAAAUGACAGACAGAAAACGUCAAGAAGAUCGUGAAAGACGAGAACGCGAAAAAGCUAAGGAAAAAGAGAGUUCGAUGUCAUCCAAAGAAAAAUAUAGUAAAAGAAGAAAGGAAAUAUGGAUACAUCCAGAUGGUGGUAAACGAUCUCAUAGAACAACAUCAACUACUGAACCAACUCAAGAUAUUGAUGAAGAGGAAUUAUCCAAAUUGUCUCAGUCUGAAGUAAAUAUUAAUAUUAUUUUAUUUUUAUUACCAUUAGUUAUGUAAAUAUUUAUAAUUAUUAAAAUACAAAUCAGAGAUAUGCACAAGUAUGAGAUAAAACAUAUAUUUUUAAUUGUUGUACUUUGUAGAAAUUACAUUAAGAUAAUAAUAUACUUGGUUUACAAUAUUAUUUUACAAAAUAACAUUAUUCAAUUUUUUUCGCCUUAAGUAAUGUUACAUAUUGUUAUUUAUUAUGGUUUUAAAGAUAGUAGACUCAAGUUUAAAACUUUUACUCUCACAUCGACCAUUACUAAAAAAUAUAAUAUACAUAGUUUAUUUUGUUUAAUUAUGUUAAAUUUAAUUUUUAUUACAGAUCAAUAAAAGAUUCAUUGUAAGUUUUUUACACGUGCAUGGGAAAUUGUUUACUAAAGUUGGGUAAGUAACAUUUUGUCUGUAUAUAUUUCUUAGAAGGUAUCUACAUGUUAAAAUCAUUUUAGUUUAUUUGUUUGUUGUUUUCUGUAAGUAAUUAAGAACUUAAAAAAAGUUUACUUAAUUUUAAAGAUAAAAUAAAAUAAAAUCAAGUAUUCAUUUUAUCUAUCAAGUUAAACAUUAUAAUAAUAUUUAAUUGGCAUUCGAGAAGGUACAUUGGAUAUAAUAUUUAUUAACUGGUAACUAUAUAAAUAAUAAUAUACAUUCAAAUGUAUUUUUAAACAUAAUUAUGUAAAAUAUAUACUUAUUUAUAUUUGUUUAAAACCUAAAAUUUUACCAUAAUAUGAUAUAUAUAUUGUUGAGAAAGCAAUACUAUCAACUGAACUCCGCUCAGAAUUGUUUUUUUGUUAGAAAUGGUUUAUCGUUGCUUACAGAUAUAUAUUAAAUUCCCGUCUGUAUCCUACCUUCCCAACUUCACACCUACAACAGUAAUUCUACUACUAAACAGUAAAUCCAGUCUUAAAAAUACAUUUUUACAAGGGCUUACAUAUUUGUAUCACUAUUUUAUUCCCUAAAAGAUUAUUUUGGAUUUAAUUUUUUAUUCUUUAUAAUAAAAUUAUUAAUUAAUAAUAUAAACUAAAUUAACUAAAAUAGUACAAUAAUUUAGCCUUAAACUUAAUAUUUUGUUUAAGCUAAAAUAUUAUUUUUAUAUGUUUUUCAAAAACUCAUUCUAUGGAUUUUUUCAAAAUUUGUUUUUAUUUAAUAUAUUUAAAUAUUAAUACCAAUGGUAAUACAAUUUUUUUUAUUUUUAGUAUGGAAAGUUUUCAAGAUACAGCAUUGCAAAUGUUAAGAGAGUUUCGUUCAUUAUUAUCUUAUUCUCCAUUGCCAAUCAUAACUAUAAGGUUUCUACAAUAUCUUGCCUUAAAUAUGUUUGCGAUUGAAAAUAGUAGACCAAAAGGUAAACCAAAUGAUUAGUUAUAGUUAUUUUAUUACACAUAAAGAAUAUUAUUGAAUAUAUUAAAUACUUUAUUUUUCAAAUAGAAACACAUGUAGAACAGGGUUAUUGGUCAACAGUACACGAAUGUGCAUUAGUGAUGUCGUUGCAAAUGUUUAGUUUGAUUGUUGACAGAUGCAAUCAACUUUUAAAAGAAAUGUUGGUAAAAGAUGAUGGUACCUCGUCAAAACAUUUGAUUGGCAGUGAUAUUGAUUUUUUGUUACCACCUAUUAAGGUAUGAUUUACAAGUACAACUAAUAAAAUAUUAAAAUAUUUUUUGGUAAGAAAUUAAAAUUAAAAUGUUUGCUCAGAUAUGGUGUGAUUGGUUGUUAUGUAAUUCUAAAGUGUGGAAUCCGCCUCCAUCAUGUUCGGAUUAUAAAAUUUCGUAAGUUUUAAUACUCUUUAUACAUUCAUAGAAAAAAAAUACUUAUAUAUUAAUAUGAACCAUUUUCAGUGGAACUGGUGAUUGUUGGAGUCGAUUAGCUUCGUUAGUAAACAACUUGGAAAAAUUCCAGGAACAUUAUAAAUUAUUUUUGAAUGAAUCCGAUGAAAGUGACCCGAGUAUGAGACAACAGCUUAAAUUGCCCGAAGAUUCUAUGUUCAGUGGCUUUACUCCGAUAAUUGGUUAUGAACUGAAACCUACAUUUAUUAAGACUACUUCAGAUAGAGUAAGUAAAUACUUACUCUAAAUAUAUCAUAAAUAUUUAUAAUUUUUUGUAUGAAUACAUCUGAAAAUUACUUAUUCAUUUAGGUUCUAUCAGAGCUUGCUUAUAGAGUAAAUUGUAUAUUGUUUUUUGGCACUGAAUUUUUGUGUGGUACUGAGCCGCCUGUGUUUAAACUGCAUAAAACCGAUACUGGAGCAAAUGAAUAUAUUUCAGUUGUUGAAACAGCAAGUCCCAAAGAUGAUGUAAUUAUGGUUUUCAUAUAAUACUUAUUACUUUUUUUAAAUGAAUAAAUAUAUAAACAUAUAUAUAUAUAUAUAUAUAUUUUCUGAUAGAGCGAAGAUGAAGAUAUUUGUUUUGAGAGUUGGAGUGAUGAGGAAAACGAAUCAAAAUCUAAACAAUCUGAAGACAAGUCAAUAUCUAAUGUAAACGUUAAACCAAUUUCAAAUGAGAUACAAAAGCUUUUAAGCAGAAAAGAAGAACUUGAACAAAAACAGAGGAAUGAAGAAUUAAGGCAAAAACGUGUGCAGGUAUAAUAAUUUAUAAAUAUAUAUUUUUUUGGUGCUCAUUUACUGAUUAUAAUUUGUUUUUCUAACAGGAGAUAUUGAAACAAGCUUCAUUUUGCACCGAAAUUGAAAUUAAACCACAUUAUGUAGUUCCUGAUACUAACUGUUUUAUAGACUAUUUGCCACAACUCGAGCAAUUGAUAUAUUCUUUCUCACACGCUCAAGAACACACAUGUACUCUAAUGGUUCCUACUGUUGGUGAGUUAAAUUAUAGCAACUUAUAAGAAUAUAAUAUUAAUUAUAUAAAUUACACACUUUUUUUGUGUUAUUAUCAUUAGUACUAAUUGAAUUGGAGGGAUUGGCCAAAGGUGGUUGGGUCAGAGAAAUAGUUUGUGAAGCUGCUAAACAAGCGUUAAAAAUAUUGAAAAAUAUUGAUACAGCUGCUGUUAAGUUUGUGACGACCAAAGGAUCCAGUUUUAAAUCCACAACAUUCUUUGAAGAAGAAAAUAAUUUUGUAUGCAUUAGAUCUUUUAAUUCAAAAUUGUUAGUUACUAUUUUAAUAACUGAUCAUUUUAGGUAGGUACAAAUGAUGAUAAAAUAUUGGCUACUUGUUUGAGCCUUUGUAAAAAUAAUUCACAAUUGCCAGUAGACAAUCCACAAGUAGAAGGUAAAUUAUUUGCUACAUCAAUAUGAGGAAAAUAAUUGAUAAUAAUAAAGUUGUUUCAACUUGAUUUUGCAGGAGAACCAAUAAAAAUAUACAGAGACGUUGUGCUGCUGACUGAGGAUCGAAAUUUAAGAGUGAAAGCUCUCUCGUCAGACGUGCCUGUUAGGGCAAUAAUGGAUUUCAUAAGCUGGUUUAACUUUAAAAGCAGCUGAUCCGUUUGGUUGCAGCAAUAGGAAUGUUGUUUUGUUCCUAAUCACAAAAGUCUUUUGGAUGACGUUUUUAAAUACCACUGCUUAUGGUAAGUGACUAUCAUUGUAAUUAUAAUUUUACUAAUAAAAUGAAUCUCUUACAAGUCAAUUCAACGAUUUGAACACUGGUCACAGGCCAGAAGGGAAUUAAAAACAUUUAAAGGGUUAAAGCAAUUUAAUAAAUAUUUAGAAACAAUGAACAUUUUAUUUUUAAUAUUAUGGUUGUUGUAAUGAUCCACGUUUCCACGGUUGUGCUUAUGCCAUUUGGAUAUUUGUAUUUGUAAUAAGUAUUUUUAUUUGUUACACAGUCAAUUGAUGGUUAUUACUAGUUUUAAAAACAGUUAUUUAUCAUUGCAUUUCUGUGAUUGGAGUAAAUUUUGCUUUGUAACUACUAUUGAUAAGUAUUUAGUUUAAUAAAAAUUAUACAAUUUUAUUUGGUUUGCUGGAGACCAAAUAAGUCAAAUAAUCAAAAAACUUUUUUUCUUUUUUUUUUUCACACUCAUUAGAUGAAUUUAACAACCUAUUAGGCAUUACCUACCGAGUAUGUCUACUGGUCUACUGUAAACAUGUGCCUGUGCAAUUGGUAUUUAUAACAAAUUUAACAAAUAUUAGUUACAUAGUAGCUUUGUACAUACAAAGCCUGUAUCUGGAAUAAUUCAAGUCACACAUGCACACGUCAUUAACAAAGUUAUUAUAUUUUCUUUUUUUAAACCGCUGUAUUGUUGUGUUAUUAAUUUCUAUAUUAAUAUGAGGUGGUAUAUAAUAUUAUAUAAAUGGGCUAAAAUUGCAACCAUCUGGGCAACAAUGCAAAUUUUGAUUAAUACACAUCUUAUUAUUAUAUUGCAUGUACUUACAUUAUAUUAUAAUAUAGCUGUUUGUGUGUACGUCGUCAUCGCCUUUGUUGUAUUUAGUUCAAAUGGACAAUAGAAAAUCGUGUAUAUCGACUCUAUAUAAUAUCUAAACAGGGCUGUGAAUUUAAUGCAAUUAAAAACCUUAAAAAUGACAUAAAAAAUGCAAUAAAAUGUGUAUUUUAAGUCUCAAAAAAUAAAAUAUUAAAUACACUUAAAUUGUUUUUAAUUUAAUUUUUAUAUUUAUUUUGAUAUUACUGAUAAUAUAUUAUAUACAUCAAAAUGCAUUUAUUUGCAUUAAGUUAAUGAAAACAAUUUUUUUUAAAAAAAAAUGCUCGAGAAUUACCAAUGGGAUAGGAUGUAGACGGUGUAGGAAAUAAUAAUCGCGUUUCACGAAUAAAACGUAUUGAAACUUCUACUGUUAUACGUAAUCCAACCUUGAUACUUAAAAAGCCGGAUCCAUAACCGCUAUUUUAUGUACAAUAAAAAAGCAAGCUUUUUUCCUUGUAAUUUAGCUGAAAUAUAUAAUUUAAAGUUACAAUUUCUCAUAGUUGGUAUCAUUGGUGGCAAAGUGUUUAAAAUAUACUAUGACAUCGUACAUCAAGAGGCCUCCAAUUUUUUUGUCAAUUUUACAAUUGCGAAUUAAAUCACCCACUGCAUAAUUCAAUAUAUAAGCCAUUUUUGUUUCAAUCCCUUGAUAAGCCCUCCUUAGCUACAAGUAAAUUAGGUGAUCGGCGCCGCUAGUAAGUAUAAAACCUAAAUCCCUCCCUCCCUUGUGCAUACAUACUUUAAGAGGGGGUGAAAAUAUGUACCAUAGUAUAGUUGUUACUCCCUUUGUCUCGAUAAUAAUUUCGAACAGCGAAUUUUCCAUUGUAAAGUAACAGUAUUUUGUUGCUUGUAGCAUUUACCCUGAGUAUUUAAUCUCGUCUCACGUUGUCUACUAUCAUACAAUUUAUUUCUAUGAAUUGUUGACAAAAAUGAUUUAAAUUAUAUAUAUAUGUACUUAAUGGAAUUGGGAGUCGAAGGGAGGGAGGGUGGUGUUGUUAUUUGAUAAGGUACAUAUGCUAUGGAUUUUGCACAUCGCAAUUAUAGUACCUGCCCAAAAAUUGUCUUGCUAAUCGGUACCUGCCGUGGUGGGUUUUAUAUUUUUUUAUUACCGUUAUCGAAACGAAAAUAAAAUACCUAUUUUACUAGGUAGUGGUUUUUUUAUUUUUUUACUGUGGACAUGGACGGUGCAAUAAAAAAAUACUUCGACCAACUGACUAGGUUGUGGCGACGGCGAACGAAAUUAUUAUUCGCAGCGAUGGCCCCGGUAUCGUAUAGUCUUCAUUCACUGUAGGUACAUAAUUAAACAUAGAUAUUUUAUAUUAGUAACGGUUUUACGCUGCCUGCAAUAUCAACAAGUAGGCAGUUUUUUUUUUUUUUACCAUUUUAAUUGAUUAUAAAACUCGUAAAAUACAUUUUCAAAUUCCCCGAGUUCCGUACGCGAGUUUUUUUCGUCAUUUCUUUGUUUUGCAUACCAAUGUAUUCCAUAUAAUAUGUGUAUAGGUACUACCGGGGCUGAAUUAAGCGCAAGUAAAACACUAAGCAUUUAUUUUUUUUUUUUUACAGUUCAAUGUAAUAUGAUACAAUAUUAAUCGUCCAAGUGAUUUAUCAUAACCAACAUCUGGAACAUGAACUGCGAAAUUCUUUUAUAAGUGAUUAAAUAAAUUGAAAUUCUCAAUUCCAGUACAGCUAUUGUGUAUUAUUGGUACUAGUAAUAAAAUAGUACCUGCCAUUGCCUAGGCCUAGGCAUUUUCCUACUACUCCUAUAAGUUAAUCCUGGCCUGGGUACGACAAUUAAUAUAGGGGGUUAAAGCCGGAGUGGUGUAAAUCAUAUAAGUUUUAAAGUUCAAAAUCACUUUUAAAGUUAACAAAUCAACCCGAUCGUUUCCAUUCAAAUAUUGUGCUGCCAUCUAGUUGUAGUGAUUGUUAGUUAUAACUUAAUUCACUUUGCCUAUCGAAAUAUUCGCCUUUAAUAAAUGCGUAAAGCACUUAAGUCGAUUUUAACGAAAACUUGACUUACACCACUAUGGCUUUAACCCGUCAUAUGGCGUAUGAUAUUUGGGAAAAAAAAGUUUUAAUUCGAUCAACAAGUGGUCUUGUGUUGUAAUUGACAAAGUGUAAUUGCGAAACAUAAAAUAAAAUACAAAAAAAAAAAAAAAAACCGCACACUUCAUAGUAAAACCAAAACAUUUCUCUUUGCGCUUAAAACCAUUGGCAUAAAUAGCGGACGGUUUGAGGGGGCCAGCUCCUCUUAACUGUUGUAUAGCAUUACCCCCUCUAUAAAACCUUGGCAUUUUAGACCACAUUGAAAUAUAUUAAUCACUUGGGUAUGGACCUGAACUUCAGCCCGUCCUAAAUCUAACAUACGAGUAGUGCCUAUGUUUAGAAUCUGAAACUGAUUUUGUCACAUACUAUGUAUUAUAAUGUAUAGGUAUAACAGUUUACUCGCUCCUUUAGAACGAGAGUGACUGAGUGAAAAAGCGUCGAUGACGAGCCACUUAAGAAUUUUAAUCACACAGACUGAUAGACGAAAAUUAAAUUUUUUAAAAUGUAUUAAGAAAAGGGUAUGGAUAUACUUCGCAUAAUGGGUGGGCCACUGUUUCUGGUGGAAAGUUGGGAAGAUAGAGGGGAUAUUUAAUCUAUAUCUGUACGCAACGAUUAACAAUCGCCAACAAAAAACGAUUCUGAGCGGAGUUCGGUUAAUAGUGUUGUUUUGUCAACAAUAUAUAUAUAUAUAUGUCAUAUUACGGUAAAAUAAUUACAUAUGCAUUAUACCUAAAUAUUUUCUUUAAUAAUAUUUGUUUAAUAUUGUACUUAUUUUCCCGUUUUUCCCAGUUAAUUCCUGGGAAUAUCAAAAAAUGACUUCAAUAAAAUACCAGCUCAGUAAGAUUUUCUUUCAGAAAAAGUUCUGUAAUUGAAAAUCGGAGGAAAUUUUCUGGUAAAAAGUUGUCCACAGAAAAAAAUAAAAUAAACAUCAUUGUAAAACCAAUACGUAUACCUGCACCGCUCAGAAUUUAAAAAAAAAUGUUUCAAUAUAUUUAGUUGUUGCUGUCGAAUAAAGUUAAAUUGAGCUCAGCGUAAAAUUCAUGACCAAACAAACUAAGCCAUGGUACAAUCGGUCGUUUAAACUUAUUAUUUAAAGUUUAAAUUUUAUAUGAUGAUUGUCUAAAUCUUCUCUGGUUUCUAGUUGAUCUCUAAUGAUAUCAUCCCGUCUCACACACCCGAAUAAUGGAGGAUGGCCAAUCCUCUAUUGUUUUUUCACUGCAGUUUAAACCUCCACUAAGUUAUUCUUAGGCCUUUUUUUUUUUUAUGAAAUUUUCCCGUCUGUUUUCGGGCCUUCUUAUUUUUACCCCGAUCCCUUCCCACGACCCGCACUAACUCAUAUUCCUGAUUCCUACAAGCAUACCAUAACCAUAACCAUUUAAUUAUCUUCUUUUUACCAUAUCUACUAUAAUAUCUUUGGUACCAGAGAAGAACGGUUUAAGUUAAUUUUGUGUAGUUUUUAAUACAAGUAAAUCACAUUUUGAGAAUUGCUAAAUGGUAUAACGGCAUAAAUGACUAUUAAAUUGAUAUACAAUAAAUAUGACCUAUUUUUUUUUUGCCAAACAAAAAUUACAUUGUAGUUUAAUAUUCGGUAUAACGUAUAAUUACAAAUAAUAACGCAUUUACAUAAAACAAAUACCAAAGAGAAAAAUAUUGCAUAAAACAAAAGUAUAAAAAAAUUACGAAUCAAAGUUUAAUAAUACAUGUUGUGAAAUUCCAUAAUUUUUACGAUAUUCGUAAAAAUGUGAGUUAAAGCGUUAAGCUUAUUACAAUAAAAACUAUAUGGCUGUCAAUUUUUUUUUUUUUUUUACUACUAUGUAUAUUUUACAACUUAUAAGGUUUUGAAUUUUCAAACGUUUCUGUUUGAUAAAAAAAAACCAUAAUACUUGAUGUAUAAAUGAUUGGUUGGAGCGAAAUUUCUCGUAGAAAAGUUGUUUGCGGACAGUAAAAAAUAAAAUCAAAAAAAUCGCACACAUUAAUAAAUUUAUCGCCGUGCGUUCAAAAUUCAAAUAUGCCAAAAAUCUCCUUUCUUCCCCGGCAUUUACUUGCAGUUCGGACCAAAACAUUUUGUUUUCCGUUUUCGGAGCCAUUUUCGUAUUAUGUGCGCAAUCGCUAAUAUUAUUGUUUCCAACAACGACGCCGGCGCACAGUGGUUUGAGAAUGAAAUUAAGGUGGCGAAAAUAGGUCACUAAAAAUGUUCAAUAAAUCAAUUUUUUUCGUUCUAGGACCUCGUUAGUAGAUGAUUAAUAGUGUUAAUACAAAAUUUCGAAUUGAUUUUUUCUGUUAUUUUGAAAACAAAAAUGCCGAUAGUUCAUGAAUAUUUUUGGCCAUUGAAAUAUAUAAAAUUUAAAAAAAAAAAAAAAUGAAAUGUUUAAUUGUUAAGACACGUGUUAAGGUAAUAAAAAAAAUAUGUAUAUUUUUUUUUAAUCUAGCUCCUUAACGGUUAUGAAUCAAAAAAAAAUCCAUAAUUGGAUUUUUAAUUUCCGUUAAACCUUUGACGAGAUAUUCCACUUUUAAGUUUGGGCAGGGGUUACAUGUAUUUAAACUCUAAAACUUCGUCUAUUCGUGGAAUUUUCAAUGUAAUGUUCGAAAAUCAAAAGUGGAUAAUGUGGUAUAUUAUGGUAUGUGGUAUAGUAGUAUCAGCCCGAAAAUGGGAGUAAUGAAAAAUAUCGAUAAUGCAACACUUUUAGAGCUGCUAGUUUCUUAAAUUUUUCAAAAAAAAAAAAUUUUUUUAUACUUUUCGAGAGAUAAUAACGGAGUUCCUUAUCGAGGAUCGCUCAGGAUGCGAAUACAGACUGGGUGUCCGACAGUGUUAUCCAUAUGCUAAUAACUCUGUCAAUAUUCAUUUUUUUUUGUCAGUCGGGUUUUGUGUCAGGGGGACAAAAAUGUGGAGAAAAAUUACAUUUUUAUUUUCAUCCCUCGAUCGCUGAAAAAAAAAAAACCAAACUUUUUAAAAAUAGCUGAUUUGUAAUAUAUAUUAUUCUAAACAUUUUAAUAUGUUAUACACUUUCAUAUCCGGUCAAUAGUUUCUUAGUUAUGGCCGUUUUUUAAUUUCGACAUUUCAACAUUCGCUAUCGUGUAACGCGCGGCAUUCUCGUUUUUCACCUAUUUCUUCUCUAGGUAGCUAAUAUUAUUAAGAAACUAAUUCCAUCGGACUUGGUCUUGGGGCGCACUUCAACGAUGCGUCGCAUAGUCUGUUCGGCCCCACACGGACACACGAGGCAGAUUCUGCAAUUCCCCGUCUGUAGAGCCGACUUUCACUUCUUUCCUGGUUACUCCGUGCUCUGUUUGAAGCUGCCCCGCACGUACCGGGUGAGGUCGAAACCCGGCACCCUCGCCAUCGGAUCUUCAAUCACUAUCGAGUUUGGAGAUCCGACGCCGACGGUUUGGUCGUUGAUUUAAAUUUUAAAGCGGCCGUCUUGAACAGAUGGAAAUCUAUCGUUAUACUCUUAGAUAAAAAAAAAAAAAAACCGAAAACAGUGAAACAUAACAAUUGAAAACAUACUGUUUCCUCCCGUGUAUCGAUAGUAUAGAAAUUUAUAUAUCAUUUUAUUUUACGGAUAAAUAAUUUUGUUUUUUUUGUUUUUUAGGUGCCUACUUAUUAAUUACUACUAUAUAAACUACCGUUCGACUCAUAGUCUCGGCAUACCAACAAAAUACACUCACACAUUUUCAAACAAAAAUAUCGCAUCACAACGUGACCGAAGAUCGAGGGAAAAAAAAAAAAAAAAACCACGUCCGAUUUUCGUUCAUAAUCGGCCACAUUGUAUACACGCCGUAACGCGGUGUUGCGCAUAUUAUUAUCAUCAUCAUCUACAUCAUCGUUUGUUUGUUUGUUUUUUUUUUUUUUAUCAUCGCUGUAUAAUACCGCCGUGUACAUAACAUUUUUAACUAUUAUUUUAACUAUUUCAACGAAUGCGCGUUAUAAAAACAUAAAAACCAAUAAAUCGUUAUCGCGUUUUCGCGGACGAUCAGGAGGACGGAAAAGGAACCGCCGCCGGGACGACACGGGGUAUGACGGCGGCGAAAACCGACCGCCCGAAGAAAAAUCGAAAUCGAAUGUCGCCCGGGCGAACCGUUGUGCGCCCGCUCGUUUUCGAAACGGAACACAGUUUUUAAACCGUCGAUUUGAUUUUUACUUUUUUUUGUUUUUUUGUUUUUUUUUUUUUUACCGGCUUCGUAAAACCGAUACGAAUAUCCCCGUGGAAGGUUUUUUUUCCUUCUUUUCGCCGUUCUUUUGUUAUUACCGAACCUCCUCUCCCAACUAUCCCGCCGCCAUUACCCGCCGGCCCGACAGUAACGGUUUUAACAAUGAUCGCUCGUUGGUGAUACAAUACAUGUAUAAUAAAUAUCACGUUAGUGUGUGUGGUGCGGUCUCUUGACGUAUUUCUGUACGGAAAUAUAUUUAUUUUUUUUAGAAAAGUUAAAAUUAAAAAAAAAAAAAAAAAAAACACCACACACAUUUUAUCACAUACGGAACGUUUAAAUUUUAUGACAAGCGGCGGUUUUUUUUUAAAUUUUUAAAUUUUCAUUUCACUAGGAUAUCAUCGGUGUUUUUCGGCGACGGUUUCCCUCUUAUACUGCGCGUUCUGUUAUUUAUCGCGUUCGAAAACGAUGCGCGGUACAAUAUCGUGUUGUAACGUAUUUAAUAAUAUUCUGUACCCUUACGUACCGCGUGUACGCGUACCUAUAUUAUAUUGUGUAAAAUGUAUUUGUAAUUUUUUUUAGUAGUAAUUUUUAAAUGUUAUCAUUAGUUUACAAUAUUAUUAAUUAUUAUUAAUUCUGUUUAAAAUGUAGAAAUAUCAUUCUAGUGAAUAUUAUUAUAAUAGCCAGCCAGCCAGCAAGCGCCCGGCUUUGUCGUAAUAUAUAUAAAAAAAAAAAAAAGAAUCAUAACAAAGAACUGAGUAUUGUAAUAGUUAAAAAAUAAAAAUAAAUAUAUAAUAAUAAUAAUAAAAUAAAAAAAAAAUUUGAGAAACCAUGCGAUGUGUUUGAUUUGUAAUUUAGUUCACGGCGAGGAUCCGGCCCGGGCUAAUCGCAUGCCGAACAGACUACAAGAGAGUAAUAACAAAUGUAAAAAACAAACAAAAAAAAACGCAAUAAUGUAUAAUAUUUUAUAUUAUCGUUACUGUGUUUGUUCCGUACUUUUUAUUAUUUUAUGUAAUAAUAUAUUAUUAUUAUUAUUAUUAUUAUUAUUAUCAUUAUCAUGUACAAAUAUUUUAUUGUGUUUUAACGAUAUUAGUCCGCGUCUGUUACUAUCCGUGUAAUUUAAAUUUUAAGUCGUGUCUGUAAU